UUUCUGUCAGCAUCAAGACCACACAGAUUACUCUAAAGCAGGGACAGGUGAUGCUUGAGUAGAGCAUGUUCUGUAAGGUGCCUGUUGCCAUUCCCCCUGUCCAGGUACAUGUUGCAUGUAUUGUUUGUAAUGGAUUUUAGUCGUAAUUUUACAAAGCGAAACACAACAUGCCUCAGUCUAUUCACAGGAGUGACUCUCCUUUGAAGCUUGUGAUUGAAAUGCAAAUUAAUAUGUAUCAUAUCACAUAGCUGGGCAAGAAUACACAUGUUUAACCAUUCUGCUUUUUAUUCAAGCAAAAAACUCUCGUGAACUGAAUUACAGCCUCAGCAGCCAUAAAUUUGUAUCUGCCCUCUGAGUCCUAAAGUUUUUGCCCUUUUGCAACUGAAACCAUGGUGAUUAUGGGGAGACGACACCUCCAUCAAGGCUCCAUCACUGCCUGAAUGAUUGAAGAUUGCGGGCGGAGGGGUGACAACAUGGCAGACAGAAGGCAGCUGUAUGUCGAGAUGAGGGCACAGGAUUUGGACUCAAUACGAUUAUCAACAUACAGAACAGCCUGCAAACUCCGAUUUGUGCAGAAGAAAUGCAACCUGCAUUUGGUUGAUAUUUGGAACGUCAUUGAGGCUUUCCGAGAAAAUGGUCUGAACACCAUGGAUCUCAAUUGUGAGCUGGCUGUGGCUCGUCUGGAAGUGGUACUUUCCACCUUGUUCUUCCAACUUAACAAGCGAAUGCCAACCACUCACCAGAUCAAUGUGGAGCAGUCCGUCGGCCUGCUACUCAACUUCCUGCUGGCCGCCUACGACCCGGAAGGCCAUGGCAAGAUAUCUGUCUUUGUUGUGAAGAUGGCGCUUGCCUCGAUCUGCGGAGGGAAAAUUCUGGAUAAAUUAAGAUAUAUAUUUUCGCAGAUAUCGGAUUCUGCUGGAAUAAUGGUGCACUCGCAGUUUGACCAAUUUCUGCGAGAGGUUCUCAAAUUGCCCAUGGCCGUGUUUGAGGGACCUUCUUUUGGCUACACUGAGCAAGCUGCACGAGCAUGCUUCACUCAGCAGGUAAGGAAAAAGGUCUCCCUCAACACAUUCCUUGAUACGCUGAUGUCAGACCCGCCCCCUCAGUGUUUGGUGUGGCUACCUCUCAUGCAUCGGCUUGCCAACGUUGAGAACGUGUUUCACCCGGUCGAGUGCUCCUACUGCCAUACUGAGAGUAUGAUGGGCUUCCGCUACCGCUGCCAGCAAUGUCAUAAUUACCAGCUCUGUCAGGACUGCUUCUGGAGGGGGCAUGCCAGCGGUUCCCAUAGCAACCAGCACCAAAUGAAGGAGUAUACGUCAUGGAAAUCCCCAGCUAAGAAGUUAACCCAUGUCCUCAGUAAGUCACUGAGCUGUGCCUCCAGCAGAGAGCCCCUGCACCCCAUGUUCCCCGAUAUGCCAGAGAAACCUCUCAACCUCGCUCAUGUUGUAGACACGUGGCCACCAAGACCAGUAAAUAUAACCAACGACUACUCGCUGUCCCACUCCAUGCCUACAUCAGGGAACCCUUACUCCACCAAAAACCAGAAUAAUGAUGCUGGCCAAAAAAAGUCUCGGUUUGGGGUUGCUCAGCUGUUAAAAGGGAAAGGGUUAAAGCACAACCUCGACGUUGCCGAUAGACUUGCUGACGAGCAUGUUCUCAUUGGCCUCUAUGUGAAUCUGCUCCAAAACAGCCCCAGAUCAUGUUUACUGGAAAGCAGUAACCAUCAAGAUGAGGAGCACAGUCUCAUUGCUCGCUAUGCUGCUAGACUGGCUGCUGAUGCUGUGGUUCAACAGCAGAGGGUCCCCAUAGACCUCCCCUACUCUCUGGAUGCCAACAAACAACAGAGGCAGCUCAUUGCAGAGUUGGAGAGCAAAAACAGAGAAAUCCUGCAGGAAAUCCAGAGGCUGCGUCUUCAGCAUGAGGAGGCUUCCCAGCCGCCACCAGACAGGGGCCAACAGAACCCCACCCUGCUCGCUGAGCUGCGACUUCUCAGGCAACGCAAAGAUGAGCUCGAACAAAGAAUGUCUACUCUGCAGGAGAGUCGCAGGGAGCUCAUGGUGCAGCUGGAGCAGCUAAUGAUGCUUCUCAAGCCAGAAGAAGAACGAAAACAAGCAAGUACUCAGGGUCCCGGCUCUCCACGCUCUUCUCCCAGCCACACCAUCAGCCGGCCGAUCCCCACGCCAAUCCACUCGGACUCUGCUGGCACCACUCCGACUCACACACCUCAGGACUCACUCAUGGGCGUGGGAGGGGAUGUUCAGGAGGCCUUCGCUCAGGGUCCAAGGAGAAAUUUGAGGAACGACCUUCUCAUUGCUGCCGACUCCAUAACCAACACUAUGUCAUCGCUUGUGAAGGAGCUUAAUUCAGAAGGUGGUAGUGAGACAGAGAGCCUCUUGGAUUCCGACUUUGGACAGUGUGACCUAAUGGCUCCAACUUCCUCAGAUUUUUACUUCACUUAUAAACCAAGACCUGCUAGAGCUGCAGAAGAAGAAAGUUUUGAAAACAGUCUUGACCAGCAACUAGAGGAGGAGCUCAAGUUGGAGGAGCUGGUAAAGCACAGACAAGAGACGGACAAAACGUGCUUGGUGACAAUGGAGCAGUGAUUGGGGAAGCCCAGAUGACUGGUAAGCAACAAUAGUAGAAGACACUGGAAGAAGCAACACUGGGCUGAAGACAUGCAGCAUUGAAGACAUGAAGAAUUAAAUCUGCGCUAAAUCCAACCAUAGAAAUGCUACAUUUAUGUAAAGAUAUAUUUUUUAUCCAAGCACAUAUUUAAGGUAAUACUGUGAGCUGGUGUGAAGAGAUUAACUGCUGAGCUUUCUAUUACACCACAGGUGCCAUAAAAACACGGUUAUUUCCAAACUUUUGUUUAGUUUUCUUCUUUAGUUGUUUAGAAACCGUACACUGUAAGUACAAGGUGGUGAACCUCUUUCUUUCAAAAUCUCAUGUUUUUGGACACAAAGAGCCAAGCCUACAUGUAAAUUUCUCACCUGAUUUUUAAGUCAUAACACAAGAGUGCAUAAUGGUAUAAACUGCUAACAUCUGAAAUAUUUUUUAUCUAUUAUUCUGGUCGAGACAUGUGAACAAAUUUAGCACUAUUUCAUACAUUUCUUACUGUUGCUACUUGUAAAUUUAUUUCUGUUCUUUUUGUGUGUUUAGUUUUUUUUUUUUUUAAACAGGUGGAUUAUGUAAAUGUUUUAGAUGCUGAAUCAGUAACAAUGAUGCACACUGCCUUAGCUGUCUUGCUUGACCUCCCAUUGCAGUUCUUCUACAGUACUUGACAAUGCAGCAUCUAGCCUAUAUGCCAAAGCAUAACUACAUUGAUGCUGGUUGAGCUUAACCUCAAAGAAACCCCGGUGUGGUUCUGCAAAUACAGUCCCAUUUACAUUUAAUCGCUGGUGAAGAUGUUAACAUGUAUUCUAAUAAAUCUGGAUUUUAUUUAAAAUAUAUAUAUAUAUUCUCACAUUAAAACAAUUGAAAAUAAAA